GCUCCGUCUUUGAAAAACCGGCGCGGCUAAUUCAAGAUGGCGGAGCACGAGCAGCUGUUGGACGAGAGCUCUUCAGCUAAGGCUCUUGUCAGCCUGAGAGAGGGAAGUUUGUCGAACACCUUAAACGAGAAAAACAUCCUGUCGAAAUCUCAGAACACCAGAGGAAGGAGCAGCUACACCACCAUGGAAACGCCGACGAGAAGCUCAAAGAGAAGUCGUUUUUCCUCAGAAGAGGAGGAAAGGUCUCUCAGCUCCAGAUCCCCCAGGAGGAGCCAGAGGGUCACCACCGUUCCUCAGAAACUUGCAACUGUCGCAACGCCAGAUAAAAAAACCUCACAGAAGAUUGGACUGAGAUUACGAAAUCUUCUCAAGUUACCCAAAGCACACAAAUGGUGCAUCUACGAGUGGUUCUAUUCAAAUAUUGACAGACCUUUAUUCGAGGGAGAUAAUGACUUCUGUUUGUGCCUGAAGGAGUCGUUCCCUAAUCUAAAAACCAGGAAGCUGACCAGAGUGGAAUGGGGAACCAUCAGACGACUAAUGGGCAAACCCAGGAGGUGCUCUUCGGCGUUCUUUGCUGAGGAGCGAACGGCGCUGAAGCAGAAGAGACAGAAGAUGCGUCUGUUGCAGCAGAGAAAAAUCACAGACAUAUCGCUCUGCAAAGAUCUACCAGAGGAAAUCCCUUUGCCGUUAGUCAUUGGCACUAAAGUCACCGCUCGACUCAGGGGCGUCCAGGACGGCCUGUUCACCGGACAGAUCGAUGCAGUGGACACGAGUGCGGCAACGUAUCGCGUCACCUUUGACAGGAGUGGGCUCGGUACACACACGGUUCCAGACUAUGAAGUGCUCAGUAACGAGCCUCCUGAGACGAUGCCCAUAUCUGCUUUCGCUCAGAAACAGCGCCCAUCACGCUUCCCGAACUUCAUGACUCCACCACGGGGGACGUAUCCUGGUUCGACCCAACCCAUCUUAAUGGACAGCGAUCCUCUGUUCAGUCAGUCGCCCUGGAAGAAUAAACUGACUGGAAGUGACGGAGAGACGCUCGGAGGAUUCCCUGUCAAGUUUCUCGUACAAGUCACGCGAUUGUCCAAAAUACUUAUGAUUAAAAAGGAGCACAUAAAGCAUUUAAAGGAGAUGAACUCCGAAGCUGAAAAAAUGAAGUCCUAUUCCAUGCCGGUCGAACUGGACUUCCAGAGGAGGUACGCUAACACUGUACUGGAUCUGGAGCAGCUUAAUAAAGACCUGAACAAAGUCCUGCAUGAAGUCCAGCAGUUCUGUUAUGAACUGGCCCCGGAUCAAGGCAUGCAGCCUGCAGAUCAGCCCAGCGAGCUGCGGAGACGUUGUGAAGAUGAGGCACAGGAAAUGGUCAGGCUGUCCAACGCCCUGCCUGAAGGAGAACAGCGUGUCCAGAGCCCUGGACUCACGCAGCUCAUUUCCCGUCUCACUGCCCUCCUGCUGCAGAUCAGAUGUUUGGCAGAAGGUGGUGACCUGAAUUCAUUUGAGUUCAAAUCAUUAACUGACUCCCUGAACGAUAUCAAGAACUCAAUAGACAACUCCAACCUCAGUUGUUUCCAAGACAAUGUAGAGAUCCAUGUAGCGCACAUCCAGAGUGGCCUGAGUCAGCUGGGAAACCUGCACGCUUUCUCCAUCAACAACACCAACAGAACGUGACGGGUCCAGAACCCGCCCUGUCUUAAACACGGACUGAAAAGAAACCUGAAGCAGCAACGAGCUUCAACCAAGGAGCCAUUUUUAAUCCCGCAUUGUCUUAAGCACGCAGACGCUAGAGCAGCAGCCAGAAGAGCCGUUUAGUAGCUCGUUAUUUCUUGGUUGUGAAAUCGCUAUGCUCAUAGCGCACGCUGUAGGAUUAACACAGGAUAAUGUCAUCACGUUGGCCUGUCUUAAUCUUAAUCCUAAAGUUCCCUUCACAUCUACGGCUGUUUCCUCUAGAGUCUUUACUCAGUUUCGGUUCUUAUUUAUUUUUUUUCCGGCUUUUUAUUUUAUGCUUCCCUCAUCAAAAAAAGGGAACUACAGUUUCGAGUGUCUAAGACAGAAGAGAUUUUUGAAUAUAUAUAAAUAUAUAUUGUAGAUAAUUGUACAGUUUAUUGAUGCAUUGGACAUGUAUGUAUGGACAUUUUGUAAGUACUUUUAAGUAUUUUUGUAAAGAGACAAAUUGGAUGGAGGCGUAGACGGCUGUGUAAAUGGUAACGACUGAUUGUUCUCUCCCCCCCCCUCCCCCGUGGCUAAACUUCACCGGCGUGUAUCUUCCAUUAUUUUUGGGUUUAGGAAUUUUACUUUUAAAUGAUUUUCACCAGUUAUUUUUAUUUAACUGGUACAUGUAUAUACAUUUUUUUUAAUUUCUAAUGAAAACAUUAAACACAGAAGUUGCUAGUUUUUCUGGAUUUUGUAGUCAGUCAGUCAACAACGU